AUGACUCAAUCUUUGGGAGAACAAUUGUCCAAAGUAGAGAAAGAUGUGACUGAUAUAAAAUGUUCAACAGUUGUGGAUAAUGAUCAUAUGAUGUUUGGAGACACUCCUCCUACCUCUCUAGGAAAUCAUCCUCCACAUCCACCUCCAUCAUCAAAUCCUCCUCUACCAUCAUAUCCCUCUCUUCGCACUUCCUCUCCUCUACCUGAUUCCCCUCUCCAAACUGAUGAUGCAAAAAAGGGUGAGAAAAAUCAAGAGCCAAUGAUGAAUACAGGAUCUCCAUCUCAGCCUGAAAUGUCUAAAUCGGAAAGGGAUGAUAAUCAAAAAGCAAUUGUUGUAGGUGAACAAGAGAGAAAUGAACAACCCAUCCCAAAUGUUGAUGCAACAAAUAAUGACCAACCUAUUACAAACUUUGGUGAUCAGUUUAAGACUAAUAAGUAUGAAGGGUUUCUUGAUUUGGGGUUUAUAGAACAAAUUGUUGUUCCUUUGAGCGUUGUUUACCCUGAUACUUUUUUUGAGGGCGGGGGGGGGGGGGGGGGGGAAAUGAAGUUGAAGUAG